AUGAACGGCUCCACAGCCGGCUUCCUUUCCUUCAACAAGAAGCCGCCACAGCUCCACGUCUGCGGCGAAGACUCCGAGUUCGACCCAGCAAUGCUGCGCCAUUUCCGCGACGAGCGCUUCGACGUGACCUUCCACCCGCUCGCGCCCAACGGCCGGGCCGCCUUCGCCGCCUCCAUCACGUCCAUCGCCGACUCGCUCGAGCUAGGCGAAUACUACGCCAUCGUCGCCUUCGGCGCCGCGGCCGCCAUCUGCCUGCAGCUCGCCCAAAAGCCCAUGCCGCGCCUGAGCGCCAUGGUCGUCUACUACCCGGACACCCUGCCCUCGCCCAACUUCAAGUACCCCACCCAGCUGCCGCUCCUCAUGCACCUCGCCGGGUCGCAGACCGUCGGCGGCGCCACCAUGAAGACGUAUUGGUAUCGCGGCACCGAGCCCGGGUUCGCCGAGAUGGAUCUGGCCGAGUACGAGCCCGUCGCGGCCGGCCUGGCGUGGAGCAGGACGCUGGGGACGGUGCGCAAGGGACUCAAGCUCGACGUGGAUUUGGAGAGCGUGUGGGAGGAGCACUUGCAGCACAAGUAUCAGAACAAAGACGCAGCCAAGACCAUGGCCACCAUGAUCCCCCAGCCCUACGUCAACCACGUUCCGACCGCCACCGGCGGCAUCGGCCGCGGCGAGCUCAUGCGCUUCUACCGCGACUUCUUCCUCCCCAACAUCCCGCCCUCGAUGAACAUCCGCCUCAUCUCGCGCACCACCGGCGUCGACCGCGUCGUCGACGAGAUGGUCGUCACCUUCCGGCACACGCACGAGAUGCCGUGGAUCCUGCCCGGCGUGCCGCCCACCAACAAGCCCGUGCAGGUUGCCAUGGUCAGCGUCGUGAACAUCCGCGGCGGAAAGCUUGUGCACGAGAAGGUAUAUUGGGACCAAGCGAGCGUCCUGGUGCAGAUCGGCUUGCUCGACCCCAACGUCGUUCCCAAGAAUAUGAAACAGAAGGGACUGGAGCAGCUGCCGAUUAUCGACGACAAUGCGAUGAAGGUGUUGGAUGAGGAGGCCAUACCCAGCAACGAGCUGCUUGACAAGUGGUGA